AGGCCAGCCACGGCUCUCCUCCCUCCUCACCUGCAACCGGCAGCGACGUGCGGAGCUAGACGGGUGGUUAUGCGGGGACCUGGCCGUCUGUGAGCAGCGUGUCUCCCCCAUACCAGCGUGUCCUCGGCCCGCCAGCUGCCAUGGAGUGCCGCGUCCUGUCCAUCCAGAGCCACGUCGUGCGCGGGUACGUGGGCAACAAGAGCGCCUCCUUCCCGCUGCAGGUUUUGGGGUUUGAGGUGGACUCCAUCAACUCCGUGCAGUUCUCCAACCACACAGGUUACUCUCAUUGGAGAGGCCAGGUGUUGACAGCAGACGAGCUGCAUGUCCUGUACGAGGGAAUCAAACUGAACAACGUUCACCAGUAUGACUACGUUCUAACAGGGUAUACCAGGGACACCUCCUUCUUGGAGAUGGUGGUGGACAUUGUUCAGGAACUAAAGAGAGCCAAUCCUAACCUGGUUUAUGUGUGUGACCCCGUCCUCGGUGAUCAUGGAUCCAUGUAUGUUCCUCAGAAUCUUUAUCCAGUCUACAAGAACAAGGUGGUUCCUGUUGCCGACAUUAUAACUCCCAACCAGUUCGAGGCUGAAUUAUUGACCGGGAAAAACAUCACCACAGAAAAAGAUGCUGUGGAGGUGAUGGACCUUCUCCACGCCAUGGGCCCAGACACGGUGGUCAUCACCUCCUCCGACCUCCCUCCCAGACUGGGAGACCGCUUCCUCGUGUGCCUGGGCAGCCAGCGUCACGUCCGUCCAGACGGCAGCAGGACAACGCAGAGAGUUCGGAUAGAAGUUCCCAAGGUGGAUGCCGUCUUCGUAGGAACCGGAGAUCUGUUUGCUGCUAUGCUGCUGGCGUGGACCCAUCACUACCCUAACGACCUAAAGAUGGCUUGUGAGAAGACUUUUUCAGUGAUGCACCAUGUCAUCCAGAGGACCAUAUCUUACGCUCACGAGCUGGCAGGUCCGGGUCGGAGGCCGAGUCCCCCCCAGCUGGAGCUGAGGAUGGUUCAGAGUAAAGCAGACAUAGAGGACCCCGCUAUAGUAGCCGAGGCCACCAUCAUAUCCUAACAUCCCCGGCCCAUUAGACUCAUGCUAACCUCGUCCUCUUCACCCAUCAGUCUCAGCAAAUCCUGUAUCUGCAAAUCUCUCAUCAUUGUAAAUCUUGACUGCCAUCAUCUUAACUUCUGCACCUCAUCCUCCAGAUUCCUUAAACACCUGAGUAUUGUAACCCCUUUAGCCCGUUACCUUUAGUCCUUUAGCCCUGUAAGUCCUCAGUGUCAGAACCCCUAACUCCCAAUCUCUGUGACCCCGACCCUCUCUGGGAACCAGAGCCACAGAUAGACCUGAAGUUCGGUCUGGUUGGACUACGACUGUCUUUUAUAAGUGCUGCUUUUUAGAAAAGCUGCAGCAUUUUCAGCGUUAAUUCUCAAUUUCAGUGUUGCACUUAUCCUUAGGUAGAUUCCACAAGCACAAGGCGUAAACUGCCACACAUUCAGACCAAUCUUCUCUCGCUUGGCCUCUGCAGGAAUGUAGGAGGAAGUGUGCCGUCACCGCUCUAACCACACACAACCUGGUCCCGUCCUAGAUCUCCACCACGCGGUUCAAAUGUCUAAUGUAGCGUUGAAAAUCAAAAACCGACCAAAUUAAUGGAAACUUCUCCGCUGAUCUCUGACAGCGUUUUCCUCGCUAGUUCCCAGUCGGCAGGAUUGCAACGCUAACGUUGAUGCUUCUGUCUACAACGAUCAAACCCUGUUUAUCUAUGGCUCUGGCCUUCGCUAUUUUGACCCCCUCCCAGUCUUACAGCAGUGAUGUAAUGGUGACCAAGUCUAACCCCCAAAAAAACAUAAAGGAAAAAAAAAAGCGCACAAUGUAUAGUUGAUGUAUAGAUGUUGUACUAUAACUGUAUUGGAUCAUCUGUAUGAUAUCUUGGAUCUGAUCUGUCUGUUGGACCAUUGUGUUGCUACUGUACUACAGACCACAUGCACUUCAACAUCACUCUCAGCAGAGACAUUUGGGCUGGUUGUGGCACUCCUGAGAGCAGCGGUGGCUCCAGCCGUCACUCGUUAGGAAUCCUCCGAUAAUUGUACCGUGUAGUUGAACUUUCAUCAUAACACAACAUAGAGAAGAAAAAGAAGAGGCGCCCUUGAGUUGUCUGAGCUACCCCCGGCCGAUCGGCUUCCUCAGUGUCAAAACCAACCCAAAUUAAAUGUGGCCGCUCCCGGCCCAGCUCUGGCCCAGAACCCUAGAUCUGUGAGCUGCGCCGCUGAUUUCAGUGCAGGCCUCGGAAAGUCGUGAAUAUUCCCUCCCACAUAAGGCUGGGCGAUUUUGGACAAAAAUAAAAUCCAGAUUUUUUUUCUCUGAAAACCAGAUUUUCGAUUUCGAUUUUUUUUGGUAAAACUACAAAAGACAAUGGAAUAAAUUGUUUCAAAUAUUUUAUCUUUAUUUUUAAAGAAAAAUAGCAAACAAAUUUCCAUAUUGGGAAUGAAGUGCAAUUGAAAGAUACUGUAAAUCCUCCUGUAGAUGCAUUUCUCUCCUCCCCCUAAACGUGUUCGCUUCACUUCACACUCCACUGUGGUUAGAAAGACAAAAAAACUAAUCUAGAAGGUCAAAGUUUGACGUGAUGCUAUGAAUUGAGAUGAUGGCUUUUGUUUUGUUUUUGUUUGUUUGUAUGAAAUAACAAAAGUUAUCAAUGGUUUUAUAGUAAAGCAAAUGCUGUCUGUGAACGCAGAGCCAACAAGUCUUUUGUGCAUUAAUGUUACCAGUUUUAAACAGGUAACACAAUGCUUGAACCCUCCGAAGUUAAGCCAUAUUCAUGAAAUAAAUAGCAUUGUCUUUCCUAAGAAAAUAAACAUUUGAUUCACAAUUGACUUCAAGGAAGUAACGCUGGUCUUAAAAUGUUGGUCUCCUGUUGGAAAGUUUAUACUUUUCUUUGUAAAUGGUCCUCGUGGCAUUAAAGUGGUUUUCCACAGUGGAGUGUGAUGAGAAACGGACGAGGAGGCGACGGCGACAGCGACCAGGGCACUGACACGUUGGCAUGUGCCUUAGCCCACUGCUCUACCAGGGCUCUAAGAAAAAGAGAAUUUUAACAUCUGUAAGCCAAUGUCUCCCCAAGAUACACCCCCACCCCCGAAUAUAUUCUUAUAAAGUGUUGGACAACACGGCAGUUCAAAACCAGUGUUGGCAGCAUGAAACAAAAGAGAGAAGGCAAACUUCCAGAUGUUGUCAGAGUUGGAUGUAGGGUUCUGGGACCCGUGUGAUUCUGUGCUGCUGUUUUGUACUGUGACACUGCCUUAGGAAACCAACAUCUUAACAGCACGUUACUGCUCACUGACGGACAGUCGGAGGGGGGAGGGAAGGAAACAUGAGAUGUCUUAAAUAUUGGUACUUUUUGAUGAUGAUUUUCUGUUUUACAUUUGACCUGAAACCAAGAAGAAAAUGAGAAGGCAGAGGCCGGACGCUACGGAGGCCUAUGAGGACAAAAGUACCAUUUCUACUGAUUCAUUUUGUUCCCACUCUGUAUUUGUAACUUGAGAACUGAUUUAGAAUUUUAAAAGAAAUACAAUUUUAUUAUUUUAUUCUAAACUGUAAUUUAGUUUAUUUUCCUGAAAGAAACAAUUCUCAGAUAUGUACUAAUAUCAGUGAUUUAUGCAUGAGACCAAAUUAGGGACGUGAUUAUACUGACAUGUGAACAUUUAUGAAAAAAUAAGAUCAUCUGGAAUGGAAAAAGAAAUUUUUUUUGUUUUUUUUAAAGGUGAAAAUGUCAUUUUUUCACUAAAAGAAUAGAGAUUAUUCCUGCAAAGAGCCCAUUUUAAGAGAAAAGAAAAAUCUGUUGUCAAGUCAUAAAUACAAAAGAACAACCAGGCUAACUAGACUUUAAAAAAAGGAUCAGUAGAAUAGGAUUUAUCCUCCCAUGCCUUUUUGGGGUUAUGUUUGUCUUUUUGCUCAUAAAAUAACGUUUUUGAUUGGGUGUACAAUAUUUUUUUUUUCUUCUUCAUUUUUCCUCCAUUAUUGCAUUGUUUAAAUUAAUCAAUUAAUUAUUUAGUUAAAAAAAAAUGACAUAAAAUGAUUCAAAUACUUAGACAAAAUUUCCAAUUCUUCUCCUUUAUUCCUAGUUAAGAAUUCAAAAUAAAAAAACUAACAUUUUGAACCAUAUUAAAUCAAGAAAACCAGUAGAUCUUAAGCCUUGUCCUGAAUAAAUUAAUUAAAACUUCAUUAAAACUGAUGUGCAUUACAAAUAGAUCUUCACACAACUGAACUUAAUUAGUUUUUGCUCUCCAAUUUCAAAUGAUCAGACGGAUAAAGAUCUGAUCUUAGCGCUCUUAAAACCAAUCGUUGCUAUUGAUUUUUGUACUGAUACGUUCAUAUUGUGCUGCUGCGGCACAGAUUGUCAUAUCAAAAACAGACUGCGGUGUGUGUGUGUGUGUGCCAAGCGUCUUCAGCUCUGCUUUCAUCAACAUGUGUGGUAUCCUCUUCUUCCUCUGCUGUAUUCUGGGUCAAUAUGUGUCUACCUGUCGAGUCUGUGUGUGGGAGAGUGUGUGUGUGUGUGUGUGUGUGUGUCUUUUAAGGUCACAGGGUUUUGUGUGUAUGUGUGCACAUGUGAUAUUUGAAAAUCCUUGAAGAGCAAGGCUAACUCAAGUGAUGUUGAAGAGGAAAAAAUACAAAGCUGAGUGUUUUUGUCAGGAGGAGAGGCGUGAGGAAGAGGACUAGCAUUCUGUGACAUUGUGCAGUCCCUCCCUUUCCCCUAAACUGGACCUAAACGUUACCUUCCCUCGCCACCCUCUCUUUCUUGGUGUCACUCACCCUCGCUCAAACAUCCACCCGCAUCCCUGUGGUGCCCUUUGUUGUGCCUGUUUUUACACCCUGGCCUCGAUAUGUGUGUGUGUGUGUGUGUGUGUUAGAAAUGUGAUCUCCCUCCUGUGUAAGUGGUGGCUAAUGUCCAUCCGUGUUUCCACGCCGCUCUCAUUUCCAUGUGCUUACUGUGUGUUUAGUGAUGCAGCUUGUUCCGGCUGGUUUAACCAAACCACUGGAUUCAGCAGCUGUGUUUCAGUCGUAUGACUGCGUCUUUAGAAGCUGUCCAACGUGACCUCCAACAUAACUACCAUAUGUUUUCAAUAAUGAUGGUUUAGUAGUGCUACUAGCCGUUUUCACGUAGGACAAAGUGUCAGUUACUUUGAUCAGCUGGUGUCUGGGUCACGCUGGCUCAUCACUGCUCCAUUUUGAGGGCUGUGAUGGACAACAGCAGGAAUCUUUUUAUUUUCUGUUUAUUUCAGGUUUACAUGAACGGUUAUCUAUAGAUGUUUGGAGUUUGCAUCAGGUUUAUUCCAUUUACCUGUUGAUGUCAACUCAGUACCUGAGCCAAGACCAGCAUGUGUUCGGUGUUGAAAUGUGAUUCUCAAGGAGUAGUGUAGCCAGUGUGGGCGAGAAAAGAAGAAAAAUCAAUAAAAAUAGAAUGUGCCUCUUUGGAAAUCUUCAGAAAUCCAUGUUGCAGCUUUGAGCGUCCGUAAGACUACGUUCACACUGCAGUUCCCAAGUGACCCAAAUCCGAUUUUUUGCUCAUAUGUGACUCAGAACUGAUUUGUUUAUGACAGUGUGAACAGCACAAGUCACAUGGAAUCUGAUCUUUUCAGAUCAGAUUCAGGUCGCUUCCAUAUAUGGUUCUAAAUCGGAUACAGGUCUGAUGUUUUGCAAUGCGACCUCAGUGUGAACAGCCAGGUCGGAAUUAAUGCGACUUUGACGUCACUUGAGGGCGACCGUUGUCAUAAUACUGCGCUGGCGGGGGCGGGAGUCACUCGGAAGCGAUCGGAAAAGGUCAAGACAAACAUGGAGGAGAGCGGCGACGGAGCUAAUCAGUGGAGGGACAGUGAGGUCUUGGACCUUAUAAGUAUUUGGGGGGACACUACUAUACAAGCUAAAUUAGAGGGGUCUUAUGAUCCCACCACUCCUGACUCCGAGUCUGCAUCCACACACACCUCUCUACAGACGAGGCAGCCAGCGCUCCACAAAAAGCCAUUAUUAAAAAUGCGGCUUACUUUCUCCUCCUUCUCCUCUUCAUUAACACUUUCUCACAGUUUCGUCGGCUUCCAACAACUUAAAAAUAUACCCAUGUACGCUCACUUCUGUUGCCUCCAUGUUUACCGCCGUAUGACGGCGUGCUGCGUGUGACGUCUUUGUUAUUGUUCCUCUGCGCAUGCGGGUCAGUUCAGGGCCGCGAUGCGUUCACACUCCAGUCUGAUAUAGGACACAUUUUAAAAGAUAAUGUGAACAGCCACACAAAAAAAUCGGAUAUGGGAAAAAAUUGAGCAUUAAGGCCUGCAGUGUGAACGUAGUCUAAAAGUCCGAACCUGAGACGGUUGGCUUUGAUUCCAGCGUCAGACACGAUCUUGUCAUGACUCGUGUUUCACCGGCCCAGUUUGUUAAACAAAGCACUGGUUAGACGAGUCCAAAUGAUGACACAGGGUUCCUCGUUCACUUCUGGGCUCCACAAGUCCUCUGACAGUGUGGAUCCAGUCCCCAGUGUGAUGUUUUUACAGGCUGACUGCAGGAGCUGUAGCGCAUGCUAAGAGAAAUAAGUGACAUUUUUCAUAUCACAAUGAUAGAAAUCAAGCGUCAAACAACAGUCAUAUCAUCCUGGGAUUAUUAAUUUAACAAAAUAAAUCAAAAGGCACAAGUUGUGUUGUUUGAACCAGUUCUAGGCGGAUGUGAGUCCAGCUGUCUCCUGACUGCUAAACCAGACCGGAUCAUCAUCCCUCCACCGCCGUGCUCCACAGUCGGUGCCGGGUUUGUGGCUUCUGGUCAAACAUCUUCAAUUUGACAAGACGUUUUGUGGCUUUUUUCAGGUGCAGUUUAGUGGACGUAAACCAUGUUUUAUUUUUAGAGACGACCUUUCCCAAAAAAAGCCCCAGCCAGGUUUUCAUACUAGUGACACGUAUUAUCAAUAUUAACAGGAGAGUAAAUGGAAUUCUGACCCGCUGGCUUGAAAACUGCUGCGUUCAGGUUUUCUGUUUGUAGUGUUGAGCUGGGCUUCCACAUGGCCUUUUCCUUCAUGCCCGCCGUUCUCCCUGUUUCUGUCCCUUCACACCCUCGUCUCUCUCUCAUGCUGUCGUGGAUCUCGUCCUGUCUUCAUGCUCAUCAUUUUGGUCACUAAACAGCUCAGUAGCUGCUGCUCCUACUGCUCUACUGGCUGAAGCGAUGCGGGUCUCGGACCGUGGUCCUCUCCUCUCCUCCUGAAUCACAGUUGCAGCUCCAACAUGUGCUUUUGUUUGUUUGUUUGUUUGUUAUGUUUCUCCCCAUUCACAGUGGCCAAAACAAAAUACAAAACAAAACGAGGAAAUGUAAUAAUCAUUGUUUGGUAACUGUUUUUAGUGCUGUUUUUUGAGCGUUAAAAGUAUUUUCUAACAUGUUACAAUAAAAGAUUGUAGUGUACAAAUUCACAUUUAUAAAAUAUAUAAAUAUAUAUAUAUAGAUAUAUAUGAGAAAUGUAUGUUCUAAUGCAAUAAA